UCUCUUCUCUGCAGAAAUGGAAUUCCCUCAAAAUGUAAAAGAAGCACAGUUAUGGCUUCUAUCUGAUAUCCUUCAGGAGGAGCCUUUCUACAACAAGAGGCCUGCUCCAUUCACCGACAUCGAGUCUUUACUCGACCAGCGUCAGAAACGAAACGUCGCCGUAUCGCCAAUGAACACAAGGCCUCUAGUUCCACCACAGCCACAGGGUUUCGGUUAUCCCGUUCGUCAAGAUCCGAUGACCAAUAAUCGUCCGUCAAGUUUCACAAUUCCUACCAGACCGGAGGCUCCUUACUCGCAUCAGAACCGUGUCCAAUUUCCGGUUCCGAUUGGCGGCUACAAUGAACACCUAUUUAGGGCACCGAUGAAUCUGAAAGAGAGUGGUGCUGGUGCUGGUGCCCGCAGGAAAAGCGGCGGAACUGGCGUGUUCAUUCCGACUGCCAGAGGAACAGCUUCUGCUAGAAAUCGACCAAUCUACAAAGUAAUUAAGGAUGAUGUUCCUCAGCCUGUGCAAGAGAAAAGUGUUGAGGAAAAUGUAGAUGUUUCGCCAGAGCUAUGUUUGCCACCAGAGUGGAUUUACUGA